GCCGGGAGGCGGGGGAGGGGCCGGCGUCCGAGGCGGCGGCGGCGGCUGGAGCAGCCUCUGGCAGCAGCGGGGAGAAUGGGAGUGCGGGGCGCCAGACCGCCGCGGGGUGUCACGGCCGCCACGAAGCCUGCGAGGCGCGGGGCCGGCGCCCGCGGCUUUUAAACCCGGGAAGGCGCGGCGGCGGCGGCGGCGGCGGCGGGCAGAUCGCGGCGCGCACCAGGCGCCGGGGCGGCGGCCGAAUGGAGAGAAAGGGCUCGGCGGCCGGGGCCAAGGGGAACCCGAGCCCGCCCGCGGCCGGAGACGGGCAGCGGCCACCGCCGCCGCUGUGCGUCCCGGGCGGCGGCGGAGGAGCCCCAGCGAGGGGCCAGGUCGGGGCGGCGGCCGAGCCGGCCGAGCUCAUCCGACGAGCGCACGAGUUCAAAAGCCAAGGGGCGCAGUGCUACAAGGACAAGAAAUUCCGUGAAGCCAUCGGCAAAUACCACCGGGCGUUGCUGGAGCUGAAGGGGCUGCUGCCGCCCCCCGGGGAACGGGAGCGGGACUCGCGUGCGGCCUCCCCGGCUGGGGCCCUGAAGCCCAGCCGCCUCUCGGAGGAGCAGAGCAAGACGGUGGAAGCCAUCGAGAUCGACUGUUACAACAGCCUGGCAGCCUGCCUGCUCCAGGCUGAGCUGGUAAACUAUGAACGAGUCAAGGAAUAUUGCCUCAAAGUCUUGAAAAAGGAAGGGGAGAACUUCAAGGCCCUUUACCGGUCUGGUGUGGCCUUCUACCACCUUGGGGACUAUGACAAAGCACUCUACUACCUGAAAGAAGCAAGGACCCAACAACCAACAGACACCAACGUGAUUCGGUAUAUCCAGCUGACAGAGAUGAAGCUCAGCCGAUGCUCCCAGAGAGAGAAAGAAGCCAUGUAACCAGGAAGCAGCUCCAGAGCUGCGCCCAUGCCUGACCGGGGACUUCCAGGCAUCCCCUGGCGGGGAGCCCCGUCCUGGGUUCUGUCCCUUUCUCCCCACUUCUUCUGGCUCCUCGUUUUUCCUCCUGUUGCACCCCAACUCUUUGUCUCCUCCCAGUGUGAAAAGAAGGAGAGAUGCAAAUUUGGAAUCCAGUAGGUCGCCCAGACAGUGGAGACAUCCUCUCCUCUAGCAGGUCAGCAACUGAGAGGGGCCCGACUUCUGCUGGGACAGCUGGAGAGGAGUCUCACGGGCUGGGAUGCUGUUGUGGCUUUGACUUUGGCCAGUGCUUCUGACAGAGGCGGAGCCUGGCAGGUGUACCAGCCCACAGGCAGCAGGCACACAGCCCAUGGGCUGGAUCCUUCCACACCUUCCUGACAGACCAGAACCAGAGCAUCUCGAGGCAACUGUUAGAAAUCCAGGGACAAGACAAACAGCAGAAGCGCUGGUGAAGCCGACAUAGAGACUGUCAAUGUGUACACUGGAGUUCCCACCCCCCACCCCCCCACCCGUCACCUUAGCCCCUGCCUCCUUCCCCCACUCGUUGUCUUGGCUUGUGCUUUCUCCUCUCCCCGUCGGGGAUCCGAGACUCUGCCAGGAUUCACAUGCCACUGAAGCCCACUCAGUGCCCUCUGGUGACCACACAUACCAUUCCCCCGGACUCCCACCCAGAAGGCAGCUGUGACCGCAGAAGGGCAGGAUGAAGUGGGCCAAGGUUUGGGACAGGGUGACUGUGUAGGUGACAGGGAGGGAAAGAUGACAGCCAGGGGAAAGAGCAUCGUAUAGGCUAGGGGAUUGAACUGUGGACUGAUUCAGUGUAAAUAAAAAUAAAUUAACAGGUAGUAGUUCCUGUCAGUUCUGUUGGAAGCAGCCCACUCCCUCACUUUUACUCCUUCCUCCAACCCUCAAUCAGAGCUACUUACAGCCAGGCAGGAUGGGGCUUCCCCCAAAGCAAUUGGCCAUUUGUCCAGUGGCAGACAAUGGUGGCUGCAGCCUUUGUGCUUUUAAGAGUGGGCUGGGAUUGUGGAGACUGCCCAGGGGCUUGGCUUUGUCAGAACUUGUACAAUCUUCUUUUGAUGAAAUUAUCUGAACUCAACAUCUAGCACAUAGAAUGUGUUCAACAAAUACUUGUUGAAUGAAUAAAUUAUGACUGCAGACUGGCUCUCCUGCCUUAAACUAAUUUCAUCCUAGCCUAGUCUCCUGAUGUCUGUGCUCGUUAUGCUAUGCCAUGUUGCUUCAGUCAAACAAGAAACACUUACUGAGGGCGUAUUGUUUGCCCAUCAUUGUGCAGUAUGCUGUGGGACAUGGGAUGUAGUCUCAGUCUUCAAGGAAAUGGAAGGGUUAAGAAAUGCAUAUGAGAUUAUUACCAAUGACACCUUUAAUUUAUAUGAUGCUUUAAAAUUAUCAGAGCACUUUCAUGUAUUUUUCAUGUGACUAGUGAAAAAGACAAUGUUGUACAAAAUUAAAAUAUAUACAGAUGCAAUAAUGUGAAUAGUUAGGAUUUAUUAAAUGCAUUAUCUUCAGAUCUUUACAUGUAUAAUCUCAUUUCUUUCAUGCAGUUACUCUGGGAUACUGUUCCCGUUUGAUGGGUAAGAAUAUUGAAAACCAGAAAAAUUAAUUAUCCCAAGGUUGCAUGGCCUUUAGUGGCAUAGUUAGGAUUUGAACCAAGCCUGCCUGACUCCAGAGCUCUGGUUAGUAUCUAUGCUAUACUUAGUUGCCUCUCUAUAAGUAUAAUAUUGGGCAAUUAUAACCAUUUGAGAACAGGACAAUAUGUAUUAACCUGAAGAGUGUUCAUGAUGUCAGUGAUAGUACAUGGCCUCCUUAGGUAUUUACUCAAGGGCCCAAAAAGACCAGAGGCCAGAAUCCCUAGUAGUCAGAGCAGUGACAGGUCAGAAAAAGGCAGCUGAGGUCCAAUAGUUAUGUCUGUGUAUUGCUCAUUCUACUUACUGAUGGAGCCAGCAUGUAUCCCAACAACUCACCUAGCAUUCAUCACCCAUCCCCAGCAUUGGGAAAGGGUCACAAUUAAGACCGAAAGGAAGCACAAAGUUAAAUAUGGGUUAAUUAUAUAAGCAGAUGCCCCACCACGGCAGGAUCCAAUCACAGCUGAGGGGCCCAGAAGAGAGCAGCGUAAGUUAUAUUCACAUAGUUCCCCAAAGGCUUUCAACGGGGGCUACAGGAAGGUGCUAGAAAUAAUGAGGGGCCUGCCGUUACCUAGAGCUCACUCUCUGGAGAAGAGGAAAAGGAAGAAGCUGUUUCAGCUGCCACAUUCUCCCCAAUCCCUACUAUAUUAUGCUGUCUUUCCUCUUCCUCCUAGCUGGCUUUACAUGACCCUAACCCAAAACUACCCUAUGGCCCCACAUGGGUAUGUGUUCAAACCCCCCGACCCCCACCCCCCACCCCCAUUCCCAAGCCUCCAAUUUAGAACAUUUGUGAUUUGGCAGAUAGUUUGUUAGGAUCUGAAAGAUGAAGAGAAGGGCAGAGGUCACCCGGAGAAUGAGUUCAAACUGCCAGGGUCUUCCCUUGGUCUUUAUGCGUCAGGAAGGACUCCGAGUAAUUAUUCCCCAUGCAGAGCCAGGAGAGAGGUCUUGUUUACAUGAGUGUGCUGGGGCACGGCUGGACAAUUGAGGAUAUGAUUGUAGCCAUCCCAUGUAGAAAGAUCAAAAACCAGAACGAAAUGAGGACAGCCUCUCAGAACCUCAUAGAACAAGCGUCCAGGUCAUCUGCUUGUUUGGUGACUUAGAUAUAUACAGGCUUAUUGGAACUUCAUUCACUGUGACCUGAAGUUAAAUAAUCCCAAAGAAAAAAAGCUACCUGGGGUAUUGGUUGAUGUUUGGGGUGAUAGGGCUGAAUUUUCUGUGCAUUUGUCCAACAAAGCCUUUAGAGCACAAAACCAGGUUCAUUCUCCCUACCAAAUCUUCAGCUUCCUUCUCCUCAUCCCUCCCCAAAACAAGAACUGUGAUUUAAUUCCAUACGUUGUGGAUGUCACUGCUGACCUGUAUAGCUGGAGUACUAAUCAGGCAUCUGACCUACACUGUCAUCCCCUGCCUGGACUUUUGCGAUGGACUCUUUGGGGGAAAAACUAACGCUUUUUAAUUAUUGUGAAAGCAUCAUGUGUGUAUUGUAGAAGUUUUAGGAAAAAAAGGACAAGAUCCAAUCCAUAAGCUUAUCACUCAAGACAAAUGUGUAUUCUUUUGAAUAUACCUUUUAGUUCUUUUUGGUGUAAAUGUACACACGCACACGCACAGUUGUGGGUUUUUUAAAACAAAAACUGGAUACACUGGAUAUACUGUUUAAUAACUUUUCAAAUGUGUAUAUUUUAGAAUAUGUAAUACUACACAGAUACAAAAUUUAAAAAGUACAAACUGCUCUGUAGUCGGAAGCAAAUCUCCUACCCCGUCUGCCAGCAUCUAGUUUCCCUCUAAUUUAUUUUGCAUCCUAGUGGAGAUGCUUACACAUUUUCAAACAUAUGUAUAUAUUCUUUUAUCACACACAAAUGGCAGCAUAUUGGACACUUUUUGUUUUUUGCUCCUUCUGUUCCUUCACGUAAUAAUAUCACGAACAUUUUCUGCAUAUCAAACUUUCUCAACAGCAUCUUCAUUAUAUGGAUGGACCCUUUUUUUAUCAUCAAUCCCCAAAUAGUGAUUAUUUCAUUUGUUCCCAAUCUUUAUUGUAAAUAGUGUUGCAACUGACAUUCUUGUAGCUAAAUUUUGCACAUGUCUAUAAUGAUUUCCUUAGGAUAAACUCCAAGAAGAGACUUGCUUGGCUAUUUUUAAGAAUUUUGAUACAUGUUGCCAACCACCCUCCAGAGAGUUUGUACCAAAACACUCUCCUAUUUGGAGCCUAGAGAGUACCCUGUUUCCUGCACCCUAACACUAGGUAUCAUCACUUAUCAAAUCUUUACCAAUUUGAUAGCUGGGAUAAUAGUAUGUCAAUGUUAUUUUAACUUUCUUUGAUUCUUCGCGAAUAACAUUUUCAUAUGCUUAUUGACCAUUUGUACUUCUUUCUUUGUGAAUUUUCUAUUUAUUUGAUAUUGGUAUGUUUAUUAUCAAUUUGUAAUUUUAUUAAGAAUAUUAUUUUUGUCAAGAAAUGCUGCAAAUAUGCUUUCCAAGUGCUU